AGCUUGCCUCCGUCUUCGAUUCGCGUUGUGGGCAGUAUCCUGCCCCAGCAAGGGCCUCAGUUCGAACCAGGCUGCUUUGCUACUCACGUGGUACCUAUAGAGCCGUGGCAACCACCUGUUCGACGCCGUUCGACGCGGGAGCAGCAAUAGAGCUCUACACACGCGUAACAGCUGGACGCUACGAAACGCCAUCGACGCGACCGUGAAACAGCUCUAGGCUGCGAACAGACUGCCCGACGCCGUCGGCGCGAACCGUAGAGCAAAAUGGCAGAACUCGGCGACUUCGUCGCCCAGGGCCGGCGCAAGAACUGCGAGGUCACGCUCGAGAUGAUGGACUACAAGCACGUGGACACGUGUAGCGACGUGCCCGAGCUACGGUCCAUCCUCCAAGCGCUCAAGAGUGGAGAGCACGGCAAGUACCCGCACCUCGAGAGGCACACGGAGAAGCGCAUUUUGGGUUUGCUCCCGGAGAAGGAUCGAAAAAAGAUCGAAGCGUUGGCCUCGACGCCUUCUGCCCAAGAUGUAGCUGAUGCGGCGAACGACAUCAACGCGUUCGUGGGCGAAUCGAAGGAAGACGACGAUCGCUUACGGACCGAAGUCUACGUGAAGAAGGGCGGGAAGCAAUUGCCGCCGGUCCGAGGUCGGAAAGCCGUACCAGUCACGAAGGAGGUCUCCAAACCCUCUCCAGAAGAGCUGGAAGCGAAGAAGGAGAACAGAAUUCCAGGAUAUGAUUUCAGAGCCUGGGACAAGUACGAUGUGGACAGGGAGUGCGAGAAAUUGGACGACAAGGAGAAGGCCCAGGAAGAGGCCCGGAAGCGGCGGGCGCGGGAAGCGCGCGAGCGGGACGACGCGAAAGCGAGGAAGGCUCUGGAAGAUCUCGCCAAGUGUCGCACAGAGUUAGGGUGUGAUGAUCUGGCCCCUGCUGAGAGACAAUUCUUAGCUCGCAGAGAAAAGAACAAGGGCAACGAGGCCUAUCGCGCGUCGGAGAAUCGGGACGCCUACGAUUCCUAUACUAGAUCGUUAGCUUAUGACGCGUCUUCGGCCGUCGUGUUCGCGAACCGGGCCAUGGCCUGCUUGCGCCUAGGUUUAUUGGAGCGGGCCGAGGACGACUGCACGUGUGCUUUGAAAAUUGAUCCGUCGUAUCAUAAAGCUAGACAACGUCGCGGUAUGACGCGGCAUAAGAGGGGCAAGUACGCGCUAGCCAUCGAGGACUUCGAGCGGGCCUGCGCCGACGAUCCCGACAAUCUGGCGUUGCGCAAAUUACUCAAGCAGGCCUGCGACAAGUUCGAGGAGGUGCGUUGCGCGGCGUCCUUUUGUGUACUUCUGGAUCCGUAGAGUAUCUGCACGGCUCGUGACGUGCUUCCGUAGCUGCGUCUGCGUGAUGGCGUGGCGAGUCCACGCCAUCGACGCGACGUUGUCCCCAUGGCCGCGUCGGCUCGAUGGCGUGAAGGCUCACGAAGUAACCUUACGCCGCCGACGCGUCCUCGGACGCCGAGAGUCGAUGGCGCGUGAGCUCCACCGUCACCGAUCGCACACACGCAGGUCGAGGGCAAGAAGGCCGACCUAGCGCGGGACCCGGCCGCGUUCACGGCCGUCGCUAUUGAAAGUGAUGACGACGAGGACGCCCCGCAGGAGACGGGCUUCACGAAGAUCGCGAUCGCGGACGAAGAUUCGAGCGACGAGGAGGUCGUCGAGAUCAACAACGGCGGUUUUGAAUUACCGUCGCCCACCGAAGACGAGGUCCUGCGCAAGUUCGAGACGAUGGACGAAGAUGAACUGAUCGUCGAGGAGGUGCCCGUUGCGGGGACGAAGGUCGCCAUCGACGACGACGACGAGAGUGUCGAGGAGGUGCCUGUGAAGACUAGUGGUACCAAAGUGGCCAUCGAGGACUCCUCUGAAGAUGAGGAGAACUUAUUGGUGGCCGAGACCGUGCCGGAGUCGCUGAAGCCCGAUCCGCCGUCACAAGGUGUCAAGGUCGCGAUCGAAGAUGAUGAUGAUGAUGAGCCGCCGCCGCCCGACGUCUCGCCCGCCAAGUCGUCGGACGGCUCGUGGGAGGUCGUCGGCGAUGCCGCCAAGGCCGAAGCUCUGAAGGGCGAGGGCAACGAGCUGAUGAAGAAGGGCGAUGUGUCUGGUGCCGUCGCCAAGUACUCGGAAGCUCUCGAGGCCGAUGCGCAGCACUACGCGUCGCGCGCGAACCGGGCCAUGGCCCGUUUGCGGUUGGGCGACGUCGAAGGCGCGUUCCUCGAUGCCGACGCCUGCUGCCAGCACCCUGAUGUUGCGUCAGAUGUCUCAAAACGCGUCAAAGCUUUAUUUCGGCGCGGCGACGCGCGCGAGCGCCUGGCAUUGUCGGCGGCCACGCCCAAGGCCAAGGUCGUGGAAUUGGAGGCGUCUUUGCAAGAUUUAGAUGAAGUUGUUGCUUUGGAGCCGCGGAACGACGUCGCCGUCGCGAAGCGCAGGGCCGUAUCUGAGGCGUUGGCCAAGGCUAAAGCCUUGGUCCGCGAGGCGGCGCAGGCUCGCCCGACGGAAGCUGUUUGUGGCGGUGUCGAAAUUUCCUCUUCGCUGCGUCCACGUCUACGGUCGCUGCUCCCUGCCACGCCAUCGACGCGACACCACGACUGCUCCACCGCCACGCCAUCGACGCGAUACGCCGUCGACGCGACCCCGAACAAUGAACAACGCAGGCGUCGGCGAAAACGGAGAAGGGCCAAUACGAGGGCGACUUCGCCGCGUCGGACAAGGCCAAGGCCGCCGGGAGCAAGGCUUUGGCCGAAGGUAACUUGGACGAGGCCGAGGUCUUGUAUACCCAAGCCCUCGACGCGUGGCCGGGCAACGCGGCAGCAAGGAACAAUCGCGCUUUAGUACGGUUGAAGCGAGACGACUUCGAGGGCUGUGCUUCGGAUACGUCCGAAGUCCUCAAAGCGGAUCCGAAGAACCUCAAGGCCUUGUAUCGCCGAGGCGUCGCGCGGCGAGCGUUGGGCGACUUUGGUGGUUCGUUAGAUGACCUCGACGCUUUAUUAGCCUUAGCCCCGGGAGACCGCGCCGCAACCACGGAGCGCGACGCGACCAGAAGAAAGAUGGAUGAGAGGGAUGGUUUGUCGAGGAAGAAGACGAAGGGCGUCGUCAAGCUCGACGCGGUCGUGCCGUCCAAAGCUUCAUUGGUGAAGCCGCCCUCGCCCUCCAAGAAAGUUGUUGCGGUGGACGCGCCGCCGCCGCCGCCCUCUACCAAAGCACCUCCAGCAGCACCAAAGCAGAACACGGAGGAGAAGAUCCAGAAGGCCGUGGCGGCCGCGCGGUCGAGAAACGCGAAGAAAGUACCAUCGAAGGCGCCGAAGACGGCGUCGGAGUUGGAACGGACCUGGCGCGAGCUGAAGGGUGAUAAUGAGCUGUGGUCUGAGUAUUUGGGCAUCUUCAAGAAGAAGACGCUGGAAAAGCUCGACAUCAGCUUGUGCCCCGAGGUUCUGGUCGACGUCAUCGGGAGCGCAUCGGCGAUGGGGGGCAAGGCCGCGAGCGUCCUGGCGGGCGCGUCGAAAGCGCCUGGCUGGGCCGUAACCAAGGCCCUCCUGUCAAAAGAGGACCUCGCGCGCGUCGCGGCCGUCGCGGACGCGGCCGACGCGGAGGCGGGCGAGAAGCUGCGGGCGGGGUACGGGCUCUAGAUUUUGACUAACAACGGAUUUUACUA